AUUAUUGUUGUUUAUUAUUUAAGCUUUAACUUUUUGCUCGCUGCGCUUGCCCUUUCGUUUCGGUUACGUUUCGAUACAGUGUUUGAAAUUUGUGUUCGCAUACAUACUUGAAUACUUACAUUCGCUCCAGAAACAACUACACAACACUGACUGCUACAACAACUACAUUCAAAGAAGGCGCGCGUUUCAUUUCGGGUGAGCGGAGUGGAGAGUUCGUUCGUGCGCGUCGUCGACGCUAGCGCCAAUCAGCGGAAUCGGCAUCGACAUCGGCAUCGUCAUCGGCAAUCGGAAUUCAAAGUGAACGAAAAACGACGGACGACGCUUUUAUGUUGGCGACUGAUCGAAAGAACCCGCGCGCAGUGAAAUUCGUGGGAACAUUGCACAGGUGUUCGUUAAGAUCGUGGAAGAAGAACCAUAAUAAGAAGAAGCGACAGCAGCUAAAUGCAAUUCACAAUUUACAAUUAACUAGAACGCCAAGUGAUACAAAACAUAAAUAGAGUGCGAAAUAAGCAUAUGGCCGAAGCUUUAAGCACAGCAGCCAGUAGCAUGGAGCUGGCGCUCAAGGAUCCAAACGUGGGCGUGGGCGGUUUGAUCGUGGACAUGACACCGACAACAGCGGCGCUGUUGCAUCACAAUGCGCUGGCGUUGCGCAGCCUGAAAGAGGUGGCGAGCUCUGCAUCUGCGUCCGCAUCGGAAUCCGAGCAGCCGGAGCCGGCGGAGCCAACGAACCUGAGCACAGCUGGGGGUGGACCGCAUUCGCCGCCGAUGACAUUCCGUUGUGAGCGUUGCGACAACUUUGAGACUAGUUCGCGCGCGACGCUGUUGUUGCAUGUGGUGCAAUGUCUGGCGGGGCAGGCGGCAGCAGCGGCCGCUGCGGUGGCCGCUGCGGGGCGACUGAAGAGCGAGGAGCACGACGAACCCGAGAACAUGAGCGUGAGUCACAUGGACACAACCAGCAACAAUAACGGCAGCAGCAACAACAACAACAAAGGCUCCAACGAAGGCGGCUCCAGUUCGUCGGCCAGCUCGUCGCCUGCGGGCAAUGGCAGCGCCUCAAGCGCAAGUGGCAGCGCCACAAGCGCAAAUGGCAGCGCCUCGCGCAAAGUGUUCGAGUGCGAUGUGUGCAAUAUGAAGUUCUCGAACGGCGCCAACAUGCGACGACACAAAAUGCGCCACACGGGCGUCAAACCCUACGAGUGCCGCGUCUGCCAGAAGCGCUUUUUUCGCAAGGACCAUCUGGCCGAGCACUUUACGACGCACACGAAAACGCUGCCCUAUCAUUGCCCCAUCUGCAAUCGCGGCUUCCAGCGUCAGAUUGCGAUGCGUGCGCACUUCCAGAACGAGCACGUCGGCCAGCACGAUCUGGUGAAGACUUGUCCGCUGUGCAGCUAUCGUGCCGGUUCGAUGAAAUCGCUGCGCAUUCACUUCUUCAAUCGUCAUGGCAUCGAUCUCGAUAAUCCAGGUCCGGGUGGCACUUCCUCGUUGCUGCUCGCCCUCGAGUCGCAGGCUUCGGCCGCUGCAGCGGCAGCUGCCGCCAGCUAUGUGUCACAGCCUCUGUCACAGCAGCAGCAACAGCAACAACAACAGUCGCCACAGCAGGUUGUGCAACAAGCGCCGCCGCCGCCGCCAGCGAGUCAUCAGAGCGACAGCGGCGAAUCGAUGCGUUCGCUGGAGAAUGCGACGCCACCGAUGCACUUCCUCACGCCGCACGUCGAGAUCUCUACGCUCAAUGAGAACGGCAACACGGAGCUAUUCAAUCUGAUUUGCGUCUUGCGUGAAUCUGCUUUACAGGGCAACAACAACAACAAUAACAAUAGCCACACGAGCAACAACAACAACAACAUCGAGCUGGACUCGAAGGACAAGGAACAUGCGUUGCUGCUGCAGACACCCGUUGUGCUGGGCGCUCCACAGGAACUGCCCAUGGAUUGCAAUACGAAGGCGACGCCAAUCUCGUCCAGUACUGCGAGCACAGCGAGCAGCCUGAAGAGUCAUCAUCUACAUCCGCAUUCGCACCAUCAUCACCAUCACCAUGAGAAUCACAUUACGCCCUCCAUCAGUCUGAUACCCAUCAAGCAGGAGCCACUGCUGGAUGAGGCGGACAAGAAGGAGUCGCUCAAUGGCAAUGACAGUGACUCGGAGCAUGCCUCCAACAAUAACAAUAACAACAGCAUCAGCAACAACAACAACAGAAUCACCUCACUGAUCAAGGUUUCGCCACUGAAAUCGCUGCUGCGCGAGGACUUAAAGCGUCGAAUCUGCGCCAAGGCGAACAAUCGGAUUACCCGCAAUGCGACACCGUUGGAGCACGAGAUGCAGCAGAACAUGAUGAACGGCAGCAACGCAGGCGGCACUGGGACAUCACCGGUCGGUGGCAAUGGAGCAAGCAAUGCCAGCACCUCGCCCAAUGGAGCCAAUCAUCACAAUGGCAGCGCGUCGGCGACGCCCAUUUGCAACGGGACGAUCACGUCGACGGGCCAGGAGACGGAGAUGCUGUUGAAUCGCAAACAGAUCUUGACGUGCCACUUUUGUGGCAUCGAGUUCCCCGACGAGACGCUCUACUUUUUGCACAAGGGUUGCCACUGCGAGAGCAAUCCGUGGAAGUGCAACAUCUGCGGUGAGCAGCUCAACAAUGUCUACGAGUUCAACUCGCAUCUGCUGAGCAAGAGUCAUCAAUAGCAGCCACAGUUCGCUGGCAAGUGAGCGGAGCAAGCAAACAUUGCCGGCAAGCAGCAAAAGUUGAAAGAGCGAGACAGCAGAUAUAGCUCAAUCCAAGAGGAACAAAUAGAGUUUUGGGCGAAGAAGCGACCCAACUUUAAUGAAUUAGUGAUUAAAGCAAAAGUUUUUAAUUUCGAGCAAAAAGAAAACAAUGAGAGCUACGUAGUUACCUAAUCCCCCCACAAAGCGAGAAAGAGAUAGUUUCAUGUGAGAGUGAGGAGUGUCUAGAGAUCUAUAAAGAGAGUGGAGAGUGAAAGAGAGAGAGAGAGAGAGAGAAGAUAUGUUGGUUCCCCCCUAAAAUCCUGUUAUGUAGUGUUAAUUAUUGCAAUUUUAGUCUGUAGUCUUGUGUAAGGCAAUAAAUCUAUAUAGACAUAUAUUUCCAGCCAGUCGAACUGGCAUACGUAGCGUCACGUAGCGCCAAAACGUAACAUCACGUAAACGAAAUGGUCAACUUACGUACUUAGCGAAGCUUCACGUAACGUUAACGUUGCGACAGCUAAGCGAAGCAUCACGUAAUGACAUUUAAUGUCAGUUCAAGGAAACGUAGCGUAACAUUACGUAAGCGUAGCGUAACGUCACGUUACGACAGAGAAGAGCAGCGUCACGUCACGUAAGCCAAGCUUCAGUUUGUAGAUGACGCCUCAAAGGCGUCUUUGAAAAGGGUUUUUAAACUAGGCAUUUUUCACAUAUUUACCAGAGACACUCACACAUACACACACACACACUAUGUGUGUGAAAAGGGCUUUGAAUUUGUUAUGUUUUUCAGAGUUUAUCUAGCGCAAAAUGAGAGCAAAGUUUAAUUAUAAUCACACUUAUAUAACGAUAUAUACAGAUACAAAAAUUAUAUAUACUAUAUAAAUGAAUAUAUACAAAUGAAAGCAAUACAGUUAUAGCCGCCACACAGUUUUAGCCAACCCCAAAACACACACAUACAGACAGAUAUAUAUACAAUAUAUAUGUAGAUACAGAUAUAUAUAUUAUUAUACUCGUACCUUUUACUUAGCUCUUAGUUAAACUAACUUAUAAAAAAAACUUAACAAUAACGAUUAAGUGACGUUGAUCUGGGAAAACUGCGCUUUACAAAAGCCAAAAACAAAAGCAAAAACAAAUGAAAACAACAACAGUUUUUUCCAAUAAUAAUAAAUUAGAGAAAUUCGCACAGUGCUGCUCAAAAGUUUGCAUACAACAAACGGUCAAAGCAAAGCAAAAUGAUAACAAAAAGAAAAAAAAAAACUAAAAUAUGAAAACAAUGCAAAUGUGAUACAAAAUUGUUGUAAAUAAUUGGUAAACAAAAAAAAAGAAGUGAAUAGUAAAAGUAAUUUGUUGAAAUAAAAGAUUAAAGAUAAAAACUAUGCCUUAGAUGCCUAUAUACGAUACGAGAGCACGUUUUGCGUAUACACUGUACAAAAAAAAAAGAAGUGAAAAGAAAGGAAAAGCAAAAAUGAUAUACUGUUGAUAUGAUAGUUAACUUUAGUGUAAAAUCAAAUCAAAAUUGUGGUAAAACAAAAACAAUGAUAGGAAAAUUUUCCUUCAAUCCUUUAAUCCUUUAUCCCCGAUCCUCUAUUCCUCUUUUACCCUGUUUUUCCCAAUCCUAAGUCCGCACCUAACCUCACACUUUGCUGACGUCACUCGGGGGUUGUAUGCAGCCUCAGCUUGAGCUGCUGUGCGCCAAUUUUACUUCAGAUUCGAAUUCUUAUUCAGAUUCAGACAUCCGUCCAUGAGGUUCACAAAUUGAUCUAUAUAAUAUAUGUAGUCUACUUCUAUAUAUCUUAGCUGAGAAAUUGCAGUUUGUUAAUAUUAUCUUUAACUAUUGCAUUAAUUUUAUUCAUUAAUUAUUGUUUUGGUUAAGCGAAAACGAAAAUGUUGUUUUAUCUUUAUUUUUUUUUUGUUUAGCACAGUCAACAAAUGGCAGGGCACACCCACACACACACACACUUAUACACAUACAUAACACACACAUAAACAUGCACACGCACACACCUGUAUUUGUAGUUGCUCUACUCUAGCCAAUUAAUUUGCUGUAAAAAUGGUUUGUUGUGUUCAUUUAAUUUGUAAUUUAAAUAUAACAAUCGUACAUUGUAAUUAGUUGCUAGAUCUACUCAUUUCUUUUUUUUUAUUAUCAUUAUUAUUAUUACUACUAUUAAACAUGCACAUUUUUGCAACAAGAAAAACAAAACACAAACAACAAUAACAAAAACAAAAACAUUGUUAAUUAGCAUACAAAAACAAAUUGUUAUAAAGCGCGAGGCGGGUGGGAAAAAUAAAUACAAAAACAAAUAAAAUUAAUAUUAAACAACAAAAUACAAUUUCGAAAUCAAAAAACGUUUAACGUUUGCAAUUUUUAGCUAAAAACACUUUCAUGUUGAAUUUUUAAUAGAUUUAAACUGGCUAAGAAAUAAAAAAAAAGAGAAAUACAUUUACUUAAUUAGUAAUUCUAAUUAUAGCUACAACCAUAAAAGGCAUGUUAAUUUUUUUAAA